UAUCACACUUGUACCCGUUUCCGUUCGCAAUGUUCGUAGUACACUUGCAACCUAUACACACACGUUGGUAAAUUGAUGCAUGACACAAAUCAUGCAGCAUAGCCUGCACCUGGAGCUUGGGUGUCUCGGAUUAGAACUAAGGAUACUGAAUGCUAGCUCUGUAUAUAUGGUCUAACACUAACUUAACGAUUAUUUUUGAAGAAAGAACGUCAAGAACGCAUAUCAAUACUAGUUAUUUACCGAAAAACCAGGUACGGGGCAGACGACAACAGCGUGCUUUGGUUACUAAGCUGUGUAUAGGCGUUUAAACUUUGGCACUUAGCGUCAGUCGUCAUCAUUUCAAUAUGAAGCUUGUCGACAACGUUGUCCGUAGCUUUAAAGUGGCGAAGAUUUUCCGAGAGAAUUCGGACCGUAUUAACAGUAUUGACUUUUCGACAACCGGUGACACGCUUAUUUCGUGCUCUGAAGAUGAUCAGAUUGUUAUUUACGAUUGCGAAAAAGGUACGCAGAUGCGCACUGUCAACUCAAAGAAGUACGGCGUAGAUCUUAUUCACUUCACUCAUGCAAAGAAUACGGCGAUUCAUAGUAGUACCAAGGUCGACGACACAAUUCGCUAUCUCAGCCUCCAUGACAACAAAUACAUUCGGUACUUUCCUGGUCAUACCAAAAAGGUAGUCUCCUUAUGCAUAAGCCCUAUCGAGGAUACUUUCCUGUCAGGCUCGCUUGACAAAUCACUUCGGCUAUGGGACUUGCGCUCGCCUAAUUGUCAUGGUGUUAUGAACGUCUCUGGUCGUCCUGUAGCCGCUUAUGAUCCUGAGGGCCUUAUAUUUGCUGCAGGUGUCAAUUCCGAGUCGAUUAAGCUUUAUGACUUACGCAGUUUUGACAAGGGCCCUUUUACUAACUUCAAGCUUGCCCACGAAAAAGAGUGUGACUGGACAGGCCUUAAAUUUAGCCGUGAUGGUAAGACCAUCUUAAUAUCAACCAAUGGUAGUGUUAUUCGCCUUAUCGAUGCCUUUCAUGGCACACCCUUGCAAACAUUUACGGGGCACCUCAACAAUAAGGGCAUUCCUAUUGAAGCUAGUUUUAGCCCAGACUCGCAAUUUGUGUUCAGUGGCUCAACUGAUGGUAGAGUACACGUGUGGAAUGCUGACACUGGCUACAAGGUUUGCAUCCUUAAUGGUGAUCAUCCUGCUCCAGUGCAGUGUGUACAAUUUAACCCCAAAUACAUGAUGCUAGCCUCAGCUUGUACAAACAUGGCCUUUUGGUUACCUACUGUGGACGACAUGGCAUAACUCGACUUCCGCAAGAACUAAGUUUUCUAUUAAAAUACCAUUCGUAGCGGCAGUUAUAUGAAGCUGAAACUAGCAGACAAAUUUCAGCAGCCAUACCGUCGAAUAACAACUUAUACCGGGAGUAUCCUUAAA